AUGACACUUACAUCGAAACUUUACAUUCCUACCAAAGGCUUACGAUUUCGUCUCCUUGGAUAUUACUCUGACAACAUACCUGUCCCCUCCGGAAAGCAAAUCUCCUGCCGUAGCAAAGACUCAGUUUCAUCCGAAGAUGGAUGGUUCACCUUGGUCCCAAUUGAUGGGGGCAAGUUCUACUACAUCCAAAGUGCCCUCAAACACGACGAUGAGGCCGCAAUUUCAUCUCGUCCUGGGGAGAUGGAGGGCUGUAGAUUUCAGCCUGUCGAUGUCAGAAAUAUAUUUGAUGACUCGUUUAUGCGAUUCACCUUUCAACCCGCAGUCGUCGAUCGUUUCGCUGGCCACUUUCGCAUUGUGAGCGCAGCUGGCAGAAUUUUGGCAUCAAAGCGUUCCUAUAAAGAUGGCACCUUCUGGGAUAAUUUCCCGGCUCUGUUUCUUCUCUCUCAAGAUGCGAAUCACAGCGACAGCCCUGAGCAGUACUUUUCGUUUGUCUUUGAGGACACCGAAAUUGUCAAAGUUGUAUACAACCUUUCAGCGGGGAGAGUCUUCAACACGAAACCAGAAAUUUUCAGGACAACAGUUAGAAACAAUGCUCAAGAAAAGGCAACAUUGAAGUGCGAUUUUCGACGAGAAAAGAGCGCCAAGGGCUCGUUCACCCACAGUCAUGGGUUCUCCUUUGGUGUUAAAACGGAGAUCAAAGCUUCUAUCCCGUUUAUCGUUGAUGGAAAGAUUGAAACCGAAUUAAAAACCGACCAUAAGUUCACUUGGGGCCAGGAGGAAUCAUGGAGCAAGACACUCGGCACGGAACUUGGCGUUGAAGUGCCAGGAUACUCCACCAGGGACGUCGUUGGUACUUUCAAGGACUCAGAUAUGACUGUUCCAGCCAAGAUCUAUUCGCAGACCAAGUCAACUGGUGUCGAGAUAAUCACGGAGGUUGAGUACCGCGGUACGUCUGUGUGGGACUUUGAGUAUACUAUCGAUGACCCAAAAUUGAGUCCCAAAUCGGGCUCGGCCAAAAAUACUUAG